AUGGCAGAAACAGAUGAGUCUUUGGAGGAAGCGCUCGCAAGGCUUGUGGCAGAGGCUCAGGUGGAAGACUUCCCGCUGUCAUCCGAGCCAGGGCUGGAGACCAAUCCAGAUGAUGCUGCACUUGUUCCGUUUCUUGAAGAUUUGGACAGUGCUGUGAAUCACAGCUCCAGUGUCGAUGGUGUACAGCAUCGCCAAGAGGACGAAGAGGAUGCUGCGCUGCUUCCGUUCCUUGCAAGUCUUGCAGGUGAGGCAGGUGACACUGGUGUCACUGCGCCUGUGAGUGAGUCUGCUCCGGCGCCCGCUGCUCCGGCGCAAGAGCGGCGAAAGCGUCAACGAAUCGAUUGGACUGCGAAGGCCGCAAGGCCUCCAACGCCGCGUAGCGUCAAAGAGGCUCUGGACCAACUGGGCCACCGUGACCGGACUGAUGCACGAGAUGCCUGGGUGUUCCGUUUCCUUGCCGCAGCACCGGACCUGAAGGCGAAGUUUUCGGACAGCAAAGCGGCUAAGGCAGCUUUACGGAAGUAUUUCGCAUCGAGUACGAGCGAAAUGCUGCGGCACGAGUGGUAUAAGCAUUGGGUGGCGCCUGCGGCUUGCGGCAAGCCAGCUUUUCCUUCCACGGAGGUUGUUUUGGCAUGGUGGCGACAGCAUUCAGACUUGGACUUGCAGAUCGUCGCUAGCAGCGCUCCUGGAAACCAUGAUGGUGACCCUGCGCCAGCAGAUGGACACGAGGGAGGGUCUCGUGUGCAUGGCUACAUGUUGACCUGGCACGGCCGCUGGGGUUGUCGAAAUCCGGAAGCCCAGGAACUCAUGCAGAUGAGUGCGACUACGCCUUCAGCUGUGUUAGUGCACUUAGUUUCUGGCAGCGCUUUUUACAAGUGGCUUUGGCAGCAGUUCAAAGUCAUGGCGUUGGGCGCGUGCGAAAAGUUGGAAUGGCCUCGGCACACAUUGAAAAUGGAGCUUUCAUUGCGUAGACGUUGCCCCGAGAAUCUGGUGCAUUUCCACCUUGCAGUCACCGACUCCAAUCGACGCCAUAGGCUGAGCAAUGAGAAUGGCUUUUGGACGUUCAUGGGUGCCCAGCCACAUGUUCAGCCUGUUUUGGGAAAAGGGAGAUAUUUGACGAGGGCUCUUGAUGCUGGCCACUAUUACUGUCAGGCGCCGAAGAUAGGCAGCGUGCACGUGGCUACCAACUACGUGGCGUAUCGAGAUUUUACAGUGGAACUCCAAACAAUAUUUAACUUGUGGCGACGCCACAAGCUUGAAGAUUCUGUGGCGAAAUCCGAGCUCAUGACGGCACGUGGCCGCGGGACUCGCAACUACUUGGCCGAGAUCCAGCAUCAUGAGGCGUGGCAACAGGCGCGACGGAAUGCAGCGGUUAAGGCUUUGUUGGAAAGCUGGAUGCCUUGGAAGCCGAGCCGUAUCGUUCCUGCAGUUGUGGAAUGGAUGCAGCUCUUUGCAACAGUUGGCACGAGGGCACGCUUUCCUUUCCUGGUUCUUGUUGGCCCUAGCCAGUAUGGAAAAACCGAGUACGCGAAGCGGCUCUGGGGCGCAGAGCGGACGCUGGUGCUUUCAUGCGAGGGUAUUCGACAACCGAAUUUGAAGGGCUUUCAGCGACAAGUUCACAAAUGCAUAGUUUUCGACGAAGGCAAUGAAGAGAUGAUUUUGUCGAACAGGCAGCUCUUUCAGGCAGGUUUGAACGAGUGCAUGCUUGCGCAGUCCAACUGUCAAGAGCACUGUUACUCGGUGUGGCUGUAUGGCAUCGCUCUGGUGAUUUCCACGAACACCUGGCUUGGCGAGGAUCCAUGGCUUGCGAAGAAUGCAGUCGUCGUCCGCGUAGACGAGCCUCUCUGGCAUGAUGCGCCAGCGCUGUGCGCGUAA